UUUUUUCGGAAUCAGAAGUUAGUGAAAUUCAAGUCAGAGAUUGAAGAAGAGAAAGAAAGCAGAAAAGAUCGAAAGGGAAGCGUGUAAUAUAAAGCUUUUAAAUAUUGUUUAAAAUGUAAAGUUAAUUUAAAGCGUUUAAAGAAAAUAAAAAACAAUAAAAAAAAAAAAAGCGUAGACAGAAAAAAGUAUUUUACCUUACGGCACAUAGGCCACGCCCCUUACCCAAACCCCGCCCUCAGAUGACGCGCAGCCUUUGAAACACGCGCAGGGAGUCUCGUACAAUAACAAAUUCAAAAUCAAAUUCAAAUUCAAAUUUUAUUUGUCACAUACACAUACAUACAUGGUACGACAUGCAGUGAAAUGCUUUUAACAUGCAGUGAAAUGUUUUUUAACAGAUAACAGAUCAACUCGGUAUUUCUCGCAAUACUUAUUAAUGGAUAUUUUAUAUGCUGCAUUUGAAAAAGGUUUACAGCAACAUUAAGAUAAUCUAAAAUAAUUUAACAUAAUUUUAAUCCCGUUAACAAUUGUUAUUAACCCCUUAAUAACAGCUGUAGUAGCAAUGUAAUAAUUGGUAACACUAGGAACUUCGUAGCGGGCAGUGUUUCCGUCAGGACUGUAAACUGAGACGGAAGACACGUGUACACGUGCCGGAUGUAAACACAAAGAGCACGUGCUCAGGUGACUGUGGUUUACACAUGGCCUCACAUUCAGCAGACAGCUGGCGAGCAGUGCGCAUGUUUAUACGAGGCUGCUUGAGAAACACCGGUGUGAUCCAUUGAACCCGAGACAUAUUCUGAGGUCCGGUCAUGGCAGGCAGCAGAGGCCGAGGCAGGAGUCAGUUCACCUUUAACGUGGACGCUCUGGGGUUUGGGAGAGGGGAUUCCUUACCCACUUCUUCACACACACCUUCUCCUCUUUUUCCUCCCAUGCAGUUUAGGCCAGUACCUCUGCAUUCAGGAGAAGAGGUGGACUAUAUGCUCGCUCUGAAGCAGGAGCUGAGAGCCUCCAGCAAGAACCUGCCCUUCCACGUAAAAGCGGCCAGAACAAAGACAGAUGUGGCCCGUUACUCUGAUAAAUACCAAAGCGGAGAGACGAAGAACAACUGCAUUGAAUGGAGUCCAGACUGGAGCCGAAUGCCAAAAGAGCUCUGCAUUAAAGUACGAAAACCACGCAAAACAGUCAUAGGUGCCAAGCCGCAAAUCACAAGAAAACCAAAAGCAGCUGCUGGUGAAGAAGAGGUUCUCCAGAAACUAGAGACGCUUGAGAAAAGAGAAGAAGAGCAGCAUUCUGAGGAAGAGGAGGACGAAGAGAAGAAGAAACAGAACAAUGAGGAGGAGGAGCCAGAUGCAGAUGAAGACUACGAAGAGGAGCUUGAGGAUGAGACGGACUACAUCAUGUCCUACUUCGACAACGGGGAGGAUUUCGGAGCGGACAGCGAUGACAAUAUGGAUGAAGCAGUCUACUAAUGUGUUUAAAAGGGCAUUUCUCCUCAUUGAGCCACACUGGAAGUGUACGUUUUAACGAGACGUGUCUUAAUUCAUGUGCCGGCUUUGACGCGUGCUGGAUCUGACUGUGACUGUUAAGAUGUCUGAGCUGCUUCACGUCGACGGAUCGUGAUCGAGAUGUUGCUCAGAGAUGGUCUGCUUUUAAUUUGUGUAAUUGAAAAGCUCUGUUUACGAAGGACACUACAGACCCUUGAUAUGCCCGCAUAUCUAAAGCAUCUCCUGUUUACGCCUGAUAAUGCCUUGAAUUUCAUCUAUUUUUAGCUGCUGUGUGUGUGCCUGGUAUUUAUCAUGUUAUGGGGACCGAAUGUCCCCACAAAGAUAGUAAUACCAGUAAAUUAUGACCUUGUGGGGACAUUUUUUGGUCCCGAUGAGGAAACAAGCUUAUAAAUGAAAGAGAAUAAAGUGUAUUCAAAAUCUGAAAUUGCAAAAUGUUUCCUGUAUGGGGUAGGUUUAAGUGUUGGGUAAAAUAAACCAUUAGGCCUAUUGAGAGUCCCCAUAAAACAUGGAAACACAGUGUGUGUGUGUGUGUGUGUGUGAAUAAU